AUGGCGACAUGGGAGGUGACUGGUUUCCAAAUCCAGACGGCUACGCCUGAGCUCAAUUCAUCCACCCUCGAUGCAGAUGGAAGCAUGCAACUGCCCGUUUAUGUCUUUAUCAAAGCGAAUGUUAAGGGUACCAAUGAUCGCUAUUAUCUGACGGAGGAAGAGCUCAAUAGCAUUGAGCUAAUCGAUUUUGGUCAUACAAACCAUCGGCUUUCAGAUGGGUGGUCUUAUUCGGACAAAGAAGAAGUAUCCGCGCCGUCGACGAGCGUCACACCCCCGUCGAGAGUGUCUGGCAAUGACAACAUCGGUGAUGAUUACCAGUUGAAAUGUUACUGGGUCUCCACGACGAAGACAGAGGACAAGAAUAUCGCUGCAUGCAUAACACAGCCUGACGGCAAAACAGUGACCACCGAGACUAGUGCGGAAGGUCCUUAUGUCAACCUUGCCGGUAGCACUACCACUAUCUUCGAGGUUGUCCCCGAAGUUACCAUAUGUCGCCCACAGGUCCUGUUCUAG